ACUCCCCUGUUGCUCGACACGCCAUAACUUUGCGGACUGAAGCAGCAACAACAGAAGCGCCUCCAUUUCAGCACAUCUGGAACGGUGGAAAACACCACUGUCUGAGUCUAUUUGUAUCUGCAGGAUAAAGCCAACCUUCAGCCUGUCCAUCACUGACUGACAGCACCUACUAACUGCAGGAUGCCAUUAGGGGGAGGAAACAAGUGUGGCCGCUGUCAGAAGACAGUCUACUUUGCAGAAGAGGUACUCUGUGAUGGGCGGAGCUUCCACAAGUCCUGCUUCCUGUGCAUGGUGUGUGGGAAGAACUUGGACAGCACAACUGUGGCUGUUCAUACGGAUGAAGUUUACUGCAAGGCGUGCUACGGCAAGAAGUACGGGCCAAAAGGUUACGGAUAUGGCCAGGGAGCAGGGACACUCAGCAUGGACAAGGGAGAGUCUCUGGGUAUUAAACAUGAAGAACCCGCUCCUCAUCGUCCCACCAGCAACCCAAACCCGUCCAGGAUGGCUCAGAAGUUUGGAGGGUCGGACAAGUGCCCUCGUUGUGGCAAGGCUGUCUAUGCGGCUGAGAAAGUGAUUGGAGCUGGGAAUUCAUGGCAUAAGACUGGAUGUUUCACCUGUGCCACGUGUAAUAAGAGCCUUGAGUCCACCACACUAGCUGAUAAGGAUGGAGAGAUCUACUGCAAAGGCUGUUAUGGCAAACACUUUGGACCCAAGGGAUUUGGGUACGGACUUGGAGCUGGGGCGCUGUCAAAUACUCAGUAGAGAGAGCAGACCAUAUGUUUGCAUAAAGCUGCGCUAACGGCCUUCGUACUGCAGAGGGCAGACUGCUGCCAGUAAACACCUGGCUACAGCCAUGUGGACAUAGGUCUGGGCCUUCUUCUAUACAGUCUACCUUCUGGCUAUGCGAGAACAGCGCCUGACAGACACGCUUGAUAAAGAGCUGCAUUAUAAGAUUCAACAGUGAGAUAUGUAACACACAUCUCUGCCUGAAAUAGGACAAAGAUGAUUUGCUGUUACAGUAAAUCCUCAAACAUAACCCAUGCUUAAUACUGAAACAUUACGUAUCCGUUUAAUGCUGCAUUGAUGAUUUGCACCUUCUCUUACUGUUUUUUCCCUCAUCAAAUGAAAUCUCAGUAUCAUAUUAACAAUAUUCUAUGUAAUAGAGUAAAUGCUCCUUUUUUGUAUUUAAUGCUUUGCAAACAGAAUGAUAAUAAAUAAAGUUACAAGA